AUUCACUUUUCUAUUCAAGAAGUUGUUUUUAUCCAAAGUAAAUCUCAAUCAAAAUUUCAGAUCUUUUUAGAACCUAAACAAACUCCAUUUGCUACUCUUGCAAUUCUGUCCAAACAGACCGCAACAUUUUCCGGCAAAUAAACUCAUCCUGCUCAUUAUCCUCACGACGAUGGAAUAUUCUUCCCCCCUUCCUAUCUAUCUAAUAUGAUGCUUUCUCCACUAUUUCACUUCAGGUAGAAAGAGUAGAAAAAGCAGAACGUCUCCACAAGGCAUAGCACCUCCCAAGUUUGAGACAACAUAUAAUAUGGAUUCUAACCUAGUUACCAUCCAUUGAAAAAAGAAAAAAAAGCUCACUGAUCUGUGUUUUAUUGGACUGGACAGGCUCGUCUGCACAAGCUCAGAGAAAAGCAUCUUCCUUCGCAAGAAAGAAGCAGGCAAGAAACAUCAGUUGACUGCUGUUGCAAAGAACUGCCUUUAAAAAGAAGGCAACAUGACAACUACAGAUGCUGAUAACUUUUAUAACUUCUCAGCAAUUGAUCCCAAUGAAACUGGAAGUGACAAUUUUUACACAUUUACAAGAAUCUUUCUGCCCUGUAUGUAUUCAUGCGUUUUUAUCUUUGGGCUAGCAGGAAAUACUUUGGUUUUUGUCAUAUUAGUAUUCUAUGAGAAACUGAAGACACUGACAGAUGUAUUUUUGCUGAACUUGGCUAUAGCUGACUGGGUCUUUCUUUGGACCCUGCCAUUCUGGGCAUAUUCUGCUGCUCAGGAGUGGACUUUUGGCACUGUGGCAUGUCGUAUUAUCCGGGGCUUGUAUACUCUGAAUUUGUACACGUCAAUGUUAACUCUAACCUGUAUAACCUUUGAUCGGCUUUUUGCUAUUACUUUUGCCACCAAAGCACACAAGUGUCAAACCAAACGAACAACAUGUGGCAAAUUAAUCUGUGUCUCGAACUGGGUGAUUUCAUUAGCCUUUGCCACACCACAGUUUAUUUUUAGUGAGGCAUUUCGUAUUGAUAAGGCAAUAUGUCAGGAAAACUACCCAAACCAUCGCACAGAAUUUGUUCUUGAAGUAAUCCAAGUGGCCCUUGGCUAUUUUAUCCCUAUGCUAACCAUGACCAUCUGCUACUCACUAAUCAUUAAAACAUUACUGCAUGCCAGAAAUUUUCAAAAGUACAAAUCUCUGAAAAAAAUAUUUUCCGUAGUUGCCACAUUUAUUCUUACUCAGUCACCCUAUACUUUUUUGAGACUGACAAAGAUCAUAGAUUGGAGCUUUAACUUGAACCGCAACUUUGAAUAUGCAAUCAUCAUAACAGAAGCUUUUGCUUAUUUCCAUGGCUGCCUCAACCCUGUUCUGUAUUUCUUCAUUGGGGUGAAAUUCAGGAAGAAUUUCCAGAAAAUUAUUAGGAAGUUAAGAUGCAUCAAAUGGCAAGUUAGACAAGGGCAAACCACAGAAGAUGAAGGCUCUAAAACUUUCACUGCCUCAAAUAAUGCAGAUGCAACAAGCAUGUAUCCGCUAUAAAACUGCUUAGAGGAUCUGGCAACUAUUUGCAGCUUCUUUUUUUUUUCUUCUUUUAAUACUGAGGUAGCUAGCACUAUUAAUAAAGACAUGUGAUCUGAUUUAGGGCAACGUAUCUUGAACAUAACACUUCAGUGUUUCCUACCUUUCCUUGGAUCCAGAACUGAUCCUAAGACAAACCUGGUAACUGAGUUAACUGUGCAAAAGUUCUUCAGCAAGUAUAGACAACACCACCAUAAAAUUUCUUUCUUCAUGGCAUAAAGCUAACUUGGACCUUAUGACUCCAGAGAGGUUGGAGACACUUAAUCAAACCUUUGGCCUGCUGGUUUUCCAUGAUAGGUGUUUGUUAACAAAAGCAUUUAUCAGUUUUGUUUUCAAAGACAUUACAGAUUUUAG